AGUGGCUUCCGGUAGUAUCACUUCCUGCACAAUUUAUUGUGUUGUAAAUGGAAUUUCAAAUGGAUAAAACUGAUAUUUUGCCCUUCAGUAUUAACUCAAUAAUCCAUAAUGGCAAAUGUUUUACAACAUUUUUGCAAAUAAAUCAAAAACUGUGCAGCACCACGAUACUGAAUGGCGCCAUUUUGUUCUAGCAAGCAAGUUAGAUAGAUAGCUAACUGUAUGAUAGCGGUGUCAAAAAGUUCUCCCAAUUCCAAACUUACACUUUGACGGGUGGUUCACGUGAGUAUUCAUUUUUCCUACAGCACCGGAACGCAGCAGUCGUCCACCUCCGGAUAAAAUUACGUAUCUGAUGACGUGGUGUACGAGCCGAACCGGAAAGCUGUCGGAUUUCUUCGGUCAUUUCCUCUUCUUCGGCUCGCCGUCGUGUUUUUAAAAAAAAAUCCUCUCCGUGAAGUCCAAGGACCUAUUAUCUCUCCCGUCGAAGCAACAACACAUUUCACCGGCGGAGUUUAACCGUAACGGCGGAGGAGAGGCUCCGUCAGGCAGAAGAAAAGGAUCGUCAUCAGACUGCAGGCGCCAUGAGGUGACGACUGUGACUUGUCUUCUGCCGAGGUGGACUUAUGGCAAGGAUCACUUUCUCCUGCCUGCCGGCCUCUUGGUACUGCAGCGUGUCCCUGCUGUCUCUGGGCUGCGCUCCCAGACAGAGGCUGCUGCUGCUGCUGCUGCUCCUCAUCACCUCCACUCUCCUCUUCCUGGGGACCUACCAGAGGCAGCUGUGGGGCCCCCAGCGAAGGCCCGGGUCCCGAGUCAACAAGUACCUCUCCGUCGCUGAGUCUAUGGAGGCCACCGACGUCCUCAACCCCGCUCUGAACUAUGGGAUUGUGGUGGACUGCGGCAGCAGCGGCUCUCGGGUCUUCGUGUACUACUGGCCUCCCCAUAACGGGAACCCCCACACCCUGCUGGACAUCCGACAGAUGAGGGACCACGACCACAAACCUGUCGUCAAGAAGAUCAAACCUGGUAUCUCCACUCUGGCGAAGACGCCGACGCGGGCCAGUGACUACCUCCACCCUCUCCUCAGCUUCGCCGCCGCUCACGUCCCGAAGAGCAAACACAAGGAGACGCCGCUCUACAUCCUCUGCACCGCCGGCAUGAGGCUGCUGCCGGAGAGCCAACAGGCGGCCAUCUUGGAGGACCUGGUCACUGAUGUUCCCCUGGAGUUUGAUUUCCUGUUCUCUAGUUCACAUGCCGAGGUCAUCUCAGGGAAACAGGAGGGAGUGUACGCAUGGAUCGGCAUUAACUUUGUGUUGGGCCGCUUCGAUCACGCUGACGAGGAGGACGCCACGGUCGAGGUGACAACCGGGUCUCAGAACCAGCGGCCAAUCAGCAGGCGGCGUACAGUGGGAAUCAUGGAUAUGGGCGGAGCUUCACUGCAGAUUGCCUACGAGGUGCCCAGUGCCAUCACCUUCAACUCACCGGAGGAGGAGGAGGCAGGGAAGAGUGUUCUCGCAGAGUUUAAUCUGGGCUGCGACGUCGAGCACACGCAACACGUGUACCGAGUCUACGUCACCACAUUCCUCGGCUUCGGAGGAAACAUGGCCAGGCAGCGUUACGAGGACCAGCUGGUCAACAAGACAUUCGCCAAGAACAGGUUUCUAACCGCACAGACGGGCCUGAGCGAGGAGAAACCAUACCUGGACCCGUGUCUGCCCGUCGGUCUGUCUGAGUCGGUUGUCAGGGGCAACCACACCUUGCACCUGCGGGGUCAGGGUGACUGGGCUCGAUGUCAGGAAGCUGUGCAGCCCUUCCUCGGCCUCCACAACGGCACCAUGUCUCCAGGGGGCAUUUAUCAGGCUCCCAUCAACUUCAGCAACAGCGAGUUCUACGGCUUCUCAGAGUUUUAUUACUGUAUGGAGGACGUGCUGAGGAUCGGAGGGCAGUACGACAGUGACAAAUAUUCCCGAGCUGCUAAGGACUACUGCUCCACCAAGUGGUCGACACUGAAACAGCGUCUGGACGACCAGCUUUUCGCUCAGCAGGCCGACAUCAGCAGACUCAAGUAUCAGUGCUUCAAGUCGGCCUGGAUGUACGAGGUGCUGCACUCUGGCUUCCGUUUCCCCACCGACUACCCGAGUCUGAAAACAGCCCAGCUGGUUUAUGACAAGGAGGUCCAGUGGACUCUGGGAGCCAUCCUUUUCAAAACCCGCUUCCUGCCUCUCAGGGACCUGCAGCAGGAAACGUUGCGGCAGAGCCACCCCAGCUGGCUGCGCUCCUCCUUCGUCUACAACCACCACCUGUUCUCGCUCUGCAUCCUGGUGGUGGUGCUGGCCAUCCUGCUCUACAUCCUGCGCCUGCGGAGGAUCCACCAGCGGGAGCAGCGGCAGGCCGAGGCCCUGAACCUCCUCUGGGCCGAGGAGGGAGAGGCGCUCCUCCCCUGAGGCUCCAGACCCAAAAACCUGCAGGAUGUUUUUUCACCACGUGACGUGUUUGACUUACUGUAACAGGAAGAAGUGAAGUGAAGUUUUUAUUGCAUGGAAAAAACAUGACAGAGACAGUUUAAUGAGCCUGGAAAUCAAACUCUGUUCACUCUUUGAUCAUGCGGCUUUAAACUCGGAGCUCGUCUGAGACUGGAAAGAUCCUCUCCGGGUUCACUUUCUUCUCUUCAAGACAAUUUUUGGAUGAAAAGAAUCAGGUCCGCAUCACAGAUCAAAUGCUGCUGGCUCCUUUUAAGGUCUGGUUUCCAGUUUCAUGUCGGUCUGAACCUGGAUUCAGUGUCAUGGUAACGUCAUUACUGCUGAGCAGGAAGGCAGCAAGGACUGAGGGUGAGUCAGCAUCCGUCCAGGUAAAGUUACCUGAAGGUUCAUAGGAGAGAAAAAAGCAAAUCACCCACAUGUGAUUCAGAUUUUCACAAUACGUGAUUUAAAACACAGCUGCAGUGUGAGGUCACGGCUAAUGAAGCUUUAGUGUCAUAUGAGAUUCUUCCUCAUGUAUGUGGCUCUGCUGACGUGACGCUUGAUGCAGAGCUCACAAAGAUACGCAGCUUUGAACAAAUCAAAAUUCAUAUCCAGGUAAAUGCUAAUACAUGUGGAGGCCGCCGAGGUGGAGGGAGUUAAACUUCUGGAAGCAGCCGGCGGCGGCGGCGGUUUAUGUGAAACACUUAGUAUGAGACAGAGGUCAAGGACAUGAUGUAUGGCACAUGUGACUGUAAAGCAACUUCCAUGCCUCGUUUACAGAGAGGCUUCUCUACCAGAGCCAAGUUCCAUAUGUCACAGCUUUCAUAAAGGCUCUUUACAGAUCAGACACUGGCUCCGGUGUCACAUGAACGCAGCUUUACGCAACACGUGAAAUAUUAGAAGGCUCAUGCUAGCAUGUUAGCUUGUAAUGGGUAACUCUUCGCAUUCCACCAUGCUAAUGUUAGCAUUCACAUGACACCAUCAGACCAUCCACUCUGGCGCCACGCCGACGCUAAACUCAACAGUUUUACCCCACUAAUGGAAAAAAUGUCAGUGUAAUGUGUAUGUGUGUGUGUAUAUAUAUAUAUAUAUAUAUACACACACAUCUGACUUCAUCAUCUGCGUCCAGACUCUGUCUUUAACAAACACACGUGACUCUGUCUGAUCUUGGGGACAAGAAACAGAUUUGGAAGCACAAAGGUGAAGAAGCUGCAACAGUUAAAACGUUCACACCCCCAAAUACUGAUUAAGCUUCGGUCUUCAGUGUGAGGUGAUAUCACAGCGUGUGUGCGGCACAACGUCUCCACCAUCACAGAUCGCGUUUCGUUUGCACCCGCUCUCCGGUUUCCUCGAAAGCCGUCCUGCGGGCCGAUGAUGUCAGCGGCACAGCUCUGGCCUCAGAUUGUGCUUUGAUACUUGAAUGCCACUGUUGUCCUGCCAAGACCCCCGUCCAGCCCAGAUUUUUAUCAGAGCAAAGACAGAGCCAGGAGGCGUUUUAGCCGCAAUAAGCUGAGAGAUCUGCUCAGCGUUUUGGACGGAGGCGCUGAAAACAGGCGCAGACCCCGGAGGCCUGAUUUAAACAGAUCUAAACGCAGAAAACUCCACAAACAGGGACAGAGCUCGUCUGAUCCCAGGGGCCAAGAUGGACGCUGACACAAAAAAAAUCUCAGCAUGUGUUGAACAUGUAAUGUGGGUUUCAAAAUGAACUCCUUUAAAGCCAUUGUUAAGAAGAAAAGAGAAGCCUCACCCAGGGAUAAAAAAAAAGGGUCCAUUUUAUUGCGUUGUUUCGUCUUCUGUAUUUCAGAGCUGUAAAUGAAGCUCGUGUUUGUUCAGUGAGUCUUGGCAUCGUGUUUUGUGCUGACAGACUGAUACAGCUGUGCAACAACUGUGACGAUGCAAAUCUGUGUCCGAGUAGCACCUGCUGAAACUUCCUGAGAAGUUAAAUAAUGUGUCGAUCCCACAGUGGGAGUUUUUUUAAAUUUUUUUAGACCAUGAUUCGUGGUUAAUUUUGUUGCUUUUAGUCAGACGUGGGACGUGAUUCAUCACAUGAAAUGAUGAUGAUGAUGAUGAUUCUUGUUGUAAAAAGAAAAAGCUUUCUGUCUGUGUGAAUGUUUUCAAAUGUGAUUCCACUUGAGCUAAAUAUGUUCUGUACACACUUCCUUUCUCUUCGCCCUGACACAGAUGAGUUCUGACGCGACCUUGUCAAACUGUCAGCGCGAGUUUGUAACCUCCGUCUUCAUCUGCGCUUCAGUCGCACUUUCUCCCACUCGCGACUCCCGAACCAGUAAACCUCCGACACAGCAGCCAAAAAGUCUGAAACCUGAGCUCUGACAGAGUCGGUUCUGCCCUUCACUCCUGAUGUGUCUCAUUUACCUCGCCAUUGUCAAACUGAAUCAGAAACUUAAGACCUCGUCCUGAUUCAUCCUGAUGUGGACUGUAGGAUUUCUGCUGCUCCUCUGUUUUCACUCCUGACAAGGGAACAAUCGCUGAGUGUCGUCUGUCCAGCGCUGGGCGUCGUGCAAUGUUGAACUGUGAUUCACUGACGGGAACACUUGACUUUGAUGUUUGUAAUUAAGGUACCUUUUAACAUCAAUGUGAAUAGAAACAAUUCCAAUCCAAUAAAGGAUCGUUUUUGUAAGAAA